AUGGAGUGGAUAUUGAGCCCCCAAAACGGCGGCUCAGUCGUUGACGCAGGAACCAUAGGACUGCCACCUGCGAGCGGUACUGGAAUGGAUUUGGCAAAUGCUGGCGGUCAGGCCGUCAAGCGCUGUGCUACUGAGUCGUCAUGUGAUGCUUCGCGGCCAAAGAGAAUGUGUUUAGAGUCAGCAAUAAGUUUCUUGGAUCAGACUUCAGAAAUGAGUGAUGAUGCGGUCGCAAAAAUCGAUUGGAUUGUUGCUGAAACGUUGGAUGAGUGGCACGAGGGGGAUGAUGUCAUUGCAGAAAUAGACAGGAUUAUAGAAGACAUGCUGGCGGGUCACCCUGGUGCCCGAUUUGAGAGUAGCACGGUGGGGAAUUCUACGGCUCUACAGCGUUAUUCUGUGGGUCUAGAUAUGGGUGAUAGUGUAGGUGCUAAUGUUAAUAAAGGUAUUCAAAUGAUCUUCCCAGAAGAGGAGGGGUUGUUUGUUGAUGCGAGAUGUCUGGUAUGGGCGUAUGACAUACUAAGUCAUGGUUGGUGGCACUUGGUUCCUUUCCAAGUGAAGAAGCCCGUGUCGGUAUUCGGACUAGCCCGGAAGGCUGUUGAGUGGGAGGAAGCGAGGAAGGCUAACCCAGCUCUAAGAGCCAAUGCCAUCUUGGGAAUUUGGUGUUAUCGAAUUCCUCAUAAUAUCGUACCUUCUUGGAAUGCGGUAAUGCUCUCCGACUGGUUGAGAGAGCGACGAUCUGUAAAUGACGUUGGCUUUGGAAGCCAGGCCCAAGACAAAAAGCACCGUGGUUGGUUCAUUCCGUUAAGCCAAGUCAAUGCUGCACUCCUUGAUCUAUUGACAAGCUGGCCAGUAGAUCCGAAUUGCAGCUACUGGAUUACUGAAAAUAUCCAGCGUUGGUGGAAUCGCUAUAGGAAGCAAAUAAAUAACAACUCUCAACGUGUUCCCACGGUGACCUUGUUACAAUUUGAGAAGUUAGUGCUAAAGAUGUUGGGGGACUUACAAUUGCCUUUAGAACGAGUGCCAAAGGAAUUGCGUAGGGCUCAACGAAGGCAACGAAUACGUGAGAGAGCGACAGGGCUAGAGAUGAGGAAUCCCAGAGAUGCGUCCUUCAUCCAAGUCAUCAUGAGCGACUUACCUCCACAGCAUCUAGUCAAUAUUUCCGGAGACAAGUUUCAAAUAGUCACGGACGGAGAGACUGAUUUGCGAAUUCCACCACGCUACCUGGUUUGGGCGUAUGACAUUCUGAAUCAUGACUGGUGCGGUGUGGUAUUGGAGGCCAUAUUGUCACCGGGACUGUCAGUUUUCCAAUUGGCUCAGAAGGCUUGGGAGUGGGAGAGUAAUGGUGGAAGUCUUUAUACCUUGUCAUCCAGUUGUUAUACAUGUGGAGAGGAUGGCAGGAAACAUCCUGCAACGGAAAGUUGUGAGAGGUGUGAAGAACCGUGGAACCCGGAAGAGUUUUGGGAAUGGCUUCGGUCGAGACAUUUCGAAAAUAUUUACGAUCAGAACAACUACGAUCAGAACAACUACGACCGGGUAGAAGAAUCUCGUAAAGUUGCGAUAAGAUUCUCAAGUCAAUCUGUCGGUAAACUUCAUCGAGAUGGUUUGUCCAAAAUUAUUGAUGAGAUUGGCUUCGAUAUUCCGGCAGGAAGAGAAGAUUCGAGAUUUCAGAUGUGCGACGUAUCAGUCGAGAAGUUCAUGCCUACAUUCGGCUUUACGUCAUUGUCCGGACGAUUUGCAUCCUGGUGGAUGGCACCCUGUAGUACAGUGUUCAAGAAAUCCUCAGACGGGUUUUGCCGAUGGGAGCAUGAGCGUUUGAUGGUGCCUAGAGUUAGUUCUACUAAGCUGGUGGCUCCCAUUACGGUCUGUCCGAUGGUUUGCGAUACUACAGAAGUCCAAUCUCGCUGUGAAGUUGUUAAUGGUUCCUCGGAGAUAAACACUUGUGUUGGAAUUAACGAAUCUAUCCCAGCAUUUGAUAUCACGUUCCCACAAGAGAAGGAAUUUCGAAUCGCAGCCAGAUACUUAGUAUGGGCAUUUGACAUAUUGCAUCGAGGUUGGUGGCAUUUGGUUCCUUUCGAAGUGACAAAACCGAUAUCAGUGUUUGGACUUGCCCGAAUGGCUGUCGAGUGGGAUAUAAGGACGAAGGAUAACCCCACUUUAAAGACCAAUGGCACAUUGGAAGCGGGCUGUUAUAGAGCUUUCGCUUACGACCAUGAUUGGGAUGUACUAAGAUUUUCUGAUUGGGUGAAGUGGACGCGAAAUCCAGACGAUGUUGCAACAGGAGAUUUAUCCCGAGAUAAAAACAGGCAACGUGCGGUGUACAUUCCAUCGAAUAUCGUCAAGACUGAACUCUAUGAUUUAAUGGAUCGGUGGCCGGUUACUGAGUUGGAAAGUACCCGAUUUGCGGACACCCUAAGUCGUUGGCGGGGUCGCUACGAUUACAGAAUGAAAGGCGGCGUCCGGGAUAGCUCACCACGUUCUGCAUGCAUAUCAUUCCGGCAAUUCGAAGCGUUAGUCGUAAGGACGCUCGGAGAUUUACGGGUGCCCUUAACCAAGGUAUCAAGGGAAUUCCGUAAAAGUCAGAGAAGGCAGCGAAUAUCUGAGAGACUGGUUGCAUUGAAAGGAUCUUUGACCGGAACCGAUCCCGGGUACGCGUCCUUCAUCACGAACGACUCACCUCCACCCCAUCUGCUCGAUAUUUCGGGGAACAAGUUUCGGGUAGUCACGGAUGCGGAAGCUGAACUAAGGGUUGAACCACGUUACCUAGUUUGGGCGUACGACACUCUAAGACAUGGCCGCCGCGGUGCCAUACCGGAACCCUUACUGUCCCUUGGACUGUCGGUGUUCGGAUUGGCUCAGAAGGCUAGUGAGUGGGAAGCCGACAAUGAACGUAUUUAUAUCUUGUCAGGGAGCUGCUAUAACUGCGGCGAACGUUGUAAACUUCAUUCUCAAAAGGAAAGCUGUGAAAGGUGUGAAGGGCCCUGGAACCCCGAAGAAUUUUGGGAGUGGCUUCGAUCGAGACAUUUCGAACACCUGUGCGAUCAGUUGCAGAAUGCUGAUCAGAUGGGAGAUUUUACUCAAUCGACCCAUUCUAGCUAUAAGGUAGGUGGGGUGUAUGACGUCAUUGAAGAUAUCGGGUUUGAUCUUCCGCCCGCAAAUGACGAACCGAAAAUCAAAUUAAACGAUCGUGACUUCAACAGGUUUACCACGCAGAAGCACCCUCUAUCAUUUGAGACGAAAAAGAUCCAUCGAUCAUUGGCCAGCCGAUUCAGGCAGUGGUUAAGACUGUCGAAGGCGGGCGAAUUCUCCCACGAAGGAAUUGAUCGGUGGCAACUUGAGCGUUUGGUCGUACAUAAACUCCGCUCACUUCACUAA